AUGUUUUACGCUGUCAAAGGUUUUUACCUGGUCAAGACCAGCCGAGGCAAUGAAUUUGCAAAAGCAGUAUACAGAGAAAUAAUACGAGUUGGAAAUUGGCCAAGUCAGCUGUAUACGCGAGCUACUUUUUCCUUCGCGCGACGCGUCAUUCUUUGAUUUUGCUCGUGGAGUUAGGAUGUUCUUGUGCUGAGUCGUUGUCUCAGUUCUACCCAGCUUAGCAAACAUUCACGUUUAGUCACGCCGUUAAUCUAAAUUUCACCAUAAAAGAAAUACCCGCCCCUCAAACUAUACUAUACAGUUAUUCCGUAAAUUAAAAAAAAAAAAAAAGUCUUAUUCAUCGUUUCGUUAGCAGCUGUGAUGAGAUUGGUUUACCAGUGAAAGCAGCCAUCAGGGUGCUUAAAGAACUUGACAAUAUUUUUGUAGAAAUCUUAGGUUUUGUAUUUUAUCAAUCUGUUGAUAGUGUACACUUACGCUCUACUCUAAUUAAACACAAAUAGCUUGGAACUUGGUGAUCUGAUGAAGAGGAACGCUGCAGUGGAAAAGAACAUAGGGUUCUGACGUCACAGUACACACUGGGGUAACUGGACUUCCCGAUUUGCUCUAUGUUAUUGAAGUACCGACCUUAUCAGCCUGUCAGUUUUUGUGUAAGAUGAGUAGUUAUUUUGUGAAUCGAAGAAUUUUUCUUAUGUAAGCACACCUGGUGACGCUAAUUGGAUAACUACUGUUACGUGCACGAGUAGUAUAACGCAACAGUUGGCCAAGUUAAGAACAGGAAAUUCAUAAUGGAGGCCCGUUUAACAUCUUUAACAGAAUCACAAGUACAAGAACUGAAGGCAGCUUUUGUGCUUAUGGAUAAAAACCACGACGGUCGAGUGAACGCCAGCGAGCUGAAGUCAAUGUCAGAGAGUCUUGGAAUUCUCUUGACUGAUGGUAUGAUACGACAUGUGCUCCAACAAGUAAACAGGCGUGAUGACGGGAUGAUCAACGAGGAAGAAUUUAUGACUUGGAUGGCAAAACAUCAAACAUCAAUAAAAGAUGACGUCAUGGAGGAUCUACUAGCAGCGUUUAGAGUGUUCGAUAAAGACAGAAACGGUUUUAUAACGAGAGAUGAACUACGCGUUGCUAUGGAGAUGAUAGGGGAGCCAGUAUCAGAUGAGCAGCUCGAUGAGUUAAUUAAAGUUACCGACGUGGAUAACGAUGGGAGGAUAAAUUACGAAGAAUUUGUCCGUAUACUGCUGUGAAACAACGGGGGUUCUACUUGUGAAGUUUGUGCUUAAAGAUGAGAACGUGAAUGAGCACAAAUUAAAAAAGGAUAUUAACUUUCGGUCAUCCCGAACUUGAAAACUGAUAUUUAAGAAAACCUGACUUAUAUCUCUGUUAGUUUGGACGUAAUGUCCUUAUCUCAAACGGACCAUCUGUUGCUGGAAUACAUUCAAUAAUGUGUCGUUGCUGGAAUAUUUUAACAUUGUGUCGUUGCUAGAUUACAUUCAACAAAGUGUUGUUACUGGAAUAUUUUAACAUUGUGUCGUUGCUAGAUUACAUUCAACAAUGUGUUGUUACUGGAAUAUUUUAACAUUGUGUCCUUGCUAAAUUACAUUCAACAGUGUUUCGUUACUGGAAUAUUUUAACAUUGUGUCGUUGCUAGAUUACAUUCAACAAAGUGUUGUUACUGGAAUAUUUUAACAUUGUGUCGUUGCUAGAUUACAUUCAACAAAGUGUUGUUACUGGAAUAUUUUAACAUUGUGUCGUUGCUAGAUUACAUUCAACAAUGUGUUGUUACUGGAAUAUUUU